AUGGAUCCAGAGGAAUUUGUAUUACUUGCAGUUCAACAUUAUUACAUAAUUCAUGGCAAAGAUGUUGAACCCGACAAAAUGAAACAAGUGAUACAAGAUAUUCUACCAUCAUCUUAUAUUAUACCGCAAAGUGGCGAUGGUAAAAUAGUAACUAAAAAAGGUAAAGCUGCAAUCAACGAAAAACAACUCGAUAGUAUGGUAGAACUUGCUGUUACAAAGGAUGCUGACUUUAAACGCGUUAUUAAACGACUCAAACAAAAAUUUAAAGGACGCGAUCAAGUAAAACGAGAAAUUAAAAAAGAUGUUAUUUUAUAUGCUCAAAAUAAAUGGCCCAUUACAUUUUCACGUGUGUUCGAAAUACAAAUGCUUUCAGGUCCAUUGGUUGAUGAAAUUCCAUUUGGAAAUAUUUCUGUUGGACGAGAUAAAAUUCGUUUUUAUGCUUCUGAUACAUUUAUAUUAUUAUCUGAACUUAACUAUUCAGAAGUCACAGAAAUUAUUGGUGAUCACGAUCCAGUUUUGAAUUAUCAUCAUUAUACUUUACAAACAGUCUACGGCGAUUAUACAUUUACAUUGCCAAUGGGUGCUGAUCUUGGAAUUUUACUUAAUCUUAUUCACAAAAAUUUGAAAGAAAAAUCAACACUAGCUAUCGCACAGAAAGAUUAUAAGCCUACAAAACGUGGUGGUGGUAAAUUAGAAUUACUUCGUGGUGAUAUUAUUGUUCUUGAUAGUGAAAGCAAAAAUAAUGUUGCAGCAGGCGUGAUGACAGGUGUGAACGAUCGAACAAACCGUGAAGGCGAAUUUCCAGUCGAUAUUGUCUAUAUUAUACCAUGUACAAGUAAACCCGAAUCAAAAGUUUUGCGCGGUCUUGUUUUACAUGUUAUGAAACGUGCAGUUGAUUUGAAUCAAGAUAUUGAACAACAAGAUCACGUUAAUUUGCAUACAUUGGAAGCUUAUGCUCAGAAAUACUUCCGCUCAAGAAAAACAACAGCUUGGUAUUAUGAAGCAACUGAAAUCAAAGGACCAUUAUUGCAUCGUUUUGAUGGACAAGUUGAACUUUCAGCCAAAGCUGUAUCAAUGUUUCGUGCUAUGAUGGCAUAUGCCAUGAUGACACCAGUAGAAAGAAAAAAAAUCACACAAAGCGAUUUGGAUAGCAUUUUUGAUUAUGCAUUCGAGAAAAAUAAAGCAUUGAAAGAAGAAUUGUACUGUCAAUUGGUAAAACAAUUAACAUUCUGUCCUGAUUUGAAAAUUGAAACACGCAUAUGGGAGUUACUUUGGCUUUUAACCGGUGUUCUUGUACCUGGAAAAAUUCUUUUCCAUCAUGUUACACUGUUUCUUCGUUCAAGCUCAAAUCCAGUCGCCUUAGAAUGUUAUAAUCGUAUUCAAAAAAUUCAAAGACAAGGCGAACGUGCUCGCGGUCCACAUGUGAUUGAAUGUAGCGCAAAUGUUAACCGUGUCAAAAUUCGUCAAUAUGUUUAUUUUCCAAAUGGUCUUGAACAAGAUUUUGUUGUUGAAUCAACAACAAAAGCAAGUGAAUUAGUUUCGAAUAUAUGUCGAGAGCUUAAAUUUGUUCCAUCAUCAGCAAAUGGACUUUCAUUAUAUUUAGAAUCAAACAAACAACCAGUUAGCAUUCCAAGUAAUACAUACUUUUUCGAUUUUCUAACGCAACUUCGUGGCCAUGACAAGAAAAAGCUUGAUUAUAAAAUUCAUUUUCGUCGUAAACUUUGGAUUGAUAUUAUACCUGGAGAUGACAAACAAGCAGAUUCUAUCGUUCAUUUCUAUCAAGAAAAGGAUAAUUAUAUGUUAGGCUUACAUAAAUUAGAAGUCGAAGAGGCAGCUAAUCUAGCUGCUUUAUUGGGCAGAGCGGAUCGUGGUAAAGGAGCACCUGAAGCAAAUUUGAGCAAUUUUGUUCCAGCCUAUUUGGUGAAAGCAACAUCACAAUCUGAUUGGGCGAAGAAAAUUUACGCAGCCACAGGUAAUCUUCGAGAUGUGAAUGAAGAAGAGGCGAAAGUCCGCUUUUUAAAACAUGUUGCUGCUUGGUCAACUUAUGGUACAACAAUGUAUCCAAUUAAGAACGACACUGAAAGUGAAUUUCCUGAAAAUAUCUAUAUUUGUAUUAAUCAAAAUGGUGUAGAAAUUGUAGAUGCAAAUACCAAAGAGUCUUUGUCUAAAUAUCCGUAUUAUAAUUUAAAUUAUAAUUCCAAUGCAAUUUCAAUCUUUCUCGAAGUACGCAUGGGACGUUCAUCGAAAAAGUAUACAUUCGAUACUGAAAUUGGUGAUAUUAUUGGAGAUUUAAUUGAUGACUAUAUGAAAAUAGCCGAAAAUGAAGGAAAACAAGAUGACUAA